UAACACUUCAUUCUCAUUUCAUUCGCAGAAACGAGCUUCAAGCAGCACAUACAAAAAUUAUAUAUAUAUAUAUAUUCCAGAGCCACGUCUCAAUUUGAGUCGUUUCGAAAACAGACCGAAUCAAUUUAGUUUUAGUAUUUUUUUAUAUUGUAAAAAAUUCGUUACAAAUUAUUGUUGAAAAGAAAUAAUUGUGUUUUAAAAAAAAAAAACAAAGAGAAAAUUAAGUAAAAUGUUAUUUAAAUCCGCGAUUGUGUUUGUGACGCUGUUUGCGUUUUCGUUGGGUAGCGAUGUUUUAGACCUAAAUGACGAUGAUUUCAAAACAAGAGUUGCCGAAACUGAAACCACUUUAGUAAUGUUCUACGCACCAUGGUGCGGACAUUGCAAACGUCUUAAGCCAGAAUAUGCUCAUGCAUCUGAAUUAUUGCGCGGCUCUGAUCCACCAAUUGCUUUGGCUCAAAUCGAUUGUACCGAAGCUGGAAAAGAAACGUGUAGCAAAUUUUCAGUAAGUGGCUAUCCAACAUUGAAAAUUUUCAAAAAUGGUGAAUUCUCAGCUGAAUAUAACGGUCCCCGUGAAGCAGCCGGAAUUGUUAAAUACAUGCGCGCUCAAACCGGUCCAGCUUCAAAGGACUGUAACUCAUUGGAUGAAUUGGUGAAAUAUCUUCAAGCGCAAGAAACAACAUUGGUUGGAUUCUUCGAAAAGGACAGUGCAUUGAAGGGAACAUUCUUGAAAUAUGCUGACAAAUAUCGUGAAAAGCAACGUUUCGGACACACAUCAGCUGCCGAUGCAUUGAAGAAAUACGGUGUUACCGAUGGCAUUAUUUUGUUCCGUGCCCCACAAUACAGCAAUAAAUUCGAAGAAAGCCAAGCCAAAUUCGAAGGUUCAGGCAUUGAAGAAUUGACCACAUUUGUGAAAGAGAACUUCCACGGUUUGGUUGGACAUCGUACACGUGACAAUGCUGCCGAAUUCAAACCACCAUUUGUUGUCGCUUACUAUGCCGUCGAUUAUGCCAAAAAUCCAAAGGGAACCAACUACUGGCGUAACCGUAUCUUGAAGGUUGUCAAACCAUACAGUGGUCAAUACCGUUUUGCCAUCAGCAACAAAGAUGAAUUCCAACACGAACUCAAUGAAUAUGGUUAUGAUUACACUGGUGAUAAACCAGUUGUUUUGGCACGUAAUGCACAAAAUCAAAAAUUCAUCAUGAAGGAAGAAUUCUCAAUUGAAAACUUGCAAGCAUUCGUUGACGAUUUAGAAGCCGGCAAACUCGAACCAUACCUUAAAUCAGAACCAGUUCCAGAAGACAACAAUGGACCAGUCAAAGUUGCUGUUGCUAAAAACUUCGAAGAUGUUGUCACCAACAAUGGCAAAGACACUCUUAUUGAAUUCUAUGCCCCAUGGUGCGGUCAUUGCAAAAAAUUGGCUCCAGUAUUCGAUGAACUUGGUGAAAAAUUGAGCGAAGAAGAAGUUUCAAUUGUGAAAUUCGAUGCCACAGCCAAUGAUGUGCCACCAGAAUAUGAAGUUCGUGGUUUCCCAACAUUGUUUUGGUUGCCAAAAGACUCAAAAUCAAGUCCAGUUAAAUAUGAAGGUGGCCGCGAAUUGGACGAUUUUGUUAACUACAUUGCCAAACAUGCAACAAACGAGUUGAAGGGCUUCAGCCGUGCCGGAAAACCGAAGAAGACCGAAUUGUAAAUUUAACAAAAACACAACAACAACAAAAAAAAAACAUUCAGCCCCAUAUUAAAAACAUACAAUGAAGAGAUAAGAGAAAGCGCUGAGAUAAGAAAACAAAAAAAAAAUACACUUAAUUUAACUAUCAAUUUGUAUUGUAAGGAAAUCUUUUUUAAAGCAUUUUAAUUUUUCAAAAAUAGAAGAAAACAAAUUGAUAAGUAGUGGAUAAUAAUGUUGUAAUUAUUCCAGAGAGAUAAGAUGAUAAUAAAUAAAAGAAUUGCUACAAUACAAAUCCAAAACCAAACAACAAAUUCAAACACA